UAGUUGCCCUGAUGGGGGAGUGGUUGGUUCAGUGUGUGCCGGGAGGUGAAAGCAUAUUCAGACAGAGGAGCUUUCCUGGAGCUCGCAGACAACUCAAGGACACUUCAGCAGGGAGGAUGCUGACCGGGGUCUUCAAAGGCCUCUUCUAGAGAUGCAGAAUCAUUUAGAAUAUAAGAAAAUAAUUUCCAUGUUGUUAUGGUGUUAUUUUGUUUCCAGGUAGUGUGAUGAAGCCGUCUCUCUCUUUGUCUCACGUCUGGCUCUCAGCCCUACGUCCUUUGAUUGACGACUGGUGUAGACCAUUGCAGAGGCUGAGGCUUUCUUACUCGUCAUGGCUGAUCAUGUUUGACCUUGAUGUGUCCUCUUGUGCCCUUUGCUAAUAUUUUACAAACAAGCUGUCUAUUAUACUACUGUUUGAUUUCUGCAUGAUCUACCUCUACUCGAGUCUCUUGAGUUUUUUCAUUAUCUGUGGUGUGAAUAUUGGCUCCCCAUACACUGUAAUUAUGACACUUUGCCCAUGAUAAUCAUACUAAUGCAAUAAAGGAAAUAAUGUGAUAGGCAAUAUAAUAUACAAUCAUUUGAUUCAGCCCCAACAAACAUACCACUGGAAUAACUAAAUAAUCUUUAAGAAAAUCAGCAACCAAUUUUCCAGUUGUGUCGUUUUAACCCAUGUGAUGCUUACAAAACAAAACAUUACUAUUGUGUGCAUUAUAGUGAUCAUUGUGCCAUCAUUUUAACACCCCAAACCUGUGCAAAUUGAAUAAAACCUCAAAACAGAAAAUCCAGCUUAAAGCCACACAAAAUAGCAAUCUACAGUGUAAAAGGUGGAAUUAAAAUAUUUAACAACACUAUAUUUAUGUAGGACAUUGUUUAGCGAAUAGCAGGCUGAUUACCUCCCAAAGUUUCUCUCCCGUAGAGACAACUGUGCUCAGCAGCAUCCUCCCCUCUUCCUGUGUCAUGGCUUCUUCAUGCAGUCAAGCAUACAUUCAUCAUCCUGCUCAGCAAACACAUUUUCAAAUAUAAAUUUAGUUUCCUUCUGCCAUACAAUCACUUCAGCCCCAAUCUGUGUAAAUCAGGAAAUGUCCACUAUGUCUUUUAAAUAUUUGUUUAAUUCUGGAGGAAGAUGCAGUUACAUACCACGUGAAAAUAUUACACUAUAAAAACUAUGGCAAGUAAAAGCAGGCAACAUGAUGGAAUUCCCAGUAAUAUUUGUUGUAAUAUCAUAUCACUUAGAGUAAAUCCUUUUUUAUUCUUAGAGGCUGGUUUAAGACUUUCCGAAAUAGGGAAAUUAACAAUUAAUGUCCCGAUUGGUUGAGCAUUAUAUUAAAAAAUAUAUCAUAUAUUUCACAUAUCUUUUGAAAUGCCAGAAUUAUUCACCCACACUUUGCCAAACUAAUACAUUUUGAUGUACCGUAUUUAAAACAUGUUUUUAUAUUUAAUUUGUGCCUAUAUUCCUCAUAUCAACAACACAGUCACAGUAGUAGUGUUCAUGCCUGCUCGGCUCAGGCCAGUAAGAGUUACGGUGUCACCAGUUCCUCACCAGCAGAGUUGGCUGCAGAGAAGCAGGUCACUGUUUGACUAAAAUUGUCAGGAAAUGAUCUCUGCUGUGGAAAGUAAAGGCACACUCACGUGUCUACAUUUCUUUUCACACGUUCAAACCCAUACUUUAUUAAUUGUAGCUUGCAGCUAUUUGACAGUCACACUGUGUGAGUGUAUGUGCAGCUGGCCCAGUCACACUCCAUUCACCGCCCAUCUGUCCAUGUCAGACCGGCCUCUCCUCUCCUCCUCUCUUUAUUCCGUCACUUUUUUUUCUCUCUCUCUUUUAUGCUCACCUUUGGAAAAUCACUGGUGAGCCUCGACCAACACGAGCAGUGAGCUGUUGGCAUAUCCUGUAAUCAAGAUGGCUCGUGGUUAAUCGCCCCAUUGGAACAUGUCUGCAGAGCUGUUUGCAGGAGAAAUGCAUGAACACAGAGCGACGGGGUUUGGCUUUUGAGACUGAAGUCUGAAGCUGCACCAGAUUUCUGACAAACAUGGAGACAUGAGCAUGAGUGGAGAGUUGAAGUCCAGCCGCUCCAGGGCAGCGAGUAAGAGGGCCAGCAACACCAUUUAUGGAUCUGAGUUCGACCUGGACUACGACAGCUACCACGAGGACUACAAUGACAGGGUGUAUGACUACCAGCGUGUGCCGGCCUCCCUGUCUCCUCUGCCACUGGGACCCAGUCUGGCCAAGCGGCCCCGUUCCUCCUCCUACUCCUCUGGGAACAGACGCAGUCGAGACAGAACCCACUCCAAAAGCUCCAGAGCCCACUCCACUAAUUCAUCCACAGCCAAGUUGGGAUUGGAGGAGUUGCAGGUGAUUAAAAAGGAGCUGACUCUGAUAAAGACACAGAUCGAUGGACUGCUCGACAGUCUGGACAAAAUGGACACACAGAGGAGUGACCACAAAGGGUCUCCCCUGAGAGAGGACAGUCCAGCUGGUUCACUGUACGCUCUGUCUGCAAGCAGCCCCGAGCACUCCCUCUCCUCCCUCUCUCCACCCAGCUCCCGCCAUCGCAUCCACAGAGAGAAACCUGACCCGAGGGAGCCCAAUGAUGACCACCACACGAUGAGCAACCACAGCUCUGACCCAGAGGAGGAAAUAUGAGGAAGGAACAUGAGAAGACGUAGAAGACAUGGACGAAGUGCCAAACAUGGAGGAAGAGAACAAAAGACGCCAAGACAACACUAAAAUGAUCAGAUAACACAAAACAUGUAUGUCAUUGUAUCACAACAGCCUGGUUUCUGUGACCAUACAACACGACAACACUGACACAGGUGACUUACACAAACCAAGUACUUGCACAUCUGAUUAAAAAUGAUUGAGAUUGAUGAUUGUGAGAGUGAGAGUGGACAACUAGAAGAACGGUAAUGAAAUGUAACUUUUUAUUAUCCCGCCUAAGCAAACACUAAUAUUCCAGUAUUAAUCCAAAUGAGACAAAAUGAUUUCUGAUUUUAAACCUUGUGUAAGUAGCUUACCAAUUUAUCGUGUCCACAUUUCUAACCUUCUUCUGAAACAGGCAGCACAUGCCAGCAUCAGGCCAUACAUAUAGCAAUAAUUUAGAUUAAUAACUUGUGUUGCUGGAGGUGAUGCAGUGUUUCUGCUGUUUCACCAGUUUUUCCCAAGAAAAUUAAUUGAAUAAUGUAGAUAAAUUAUAUAACUAGGAAUAUUAAUGAAGUGUGGCAGUUCUAAACCACGUCAACAGCUUACUUAAAUAUUAUAAUUUUCUGAAUAGUGUGUGCAUGUUCUAUAAAAUGAAAAUUCCUUUGGUGGAAGUAUUUUGAUCUGUGAAAGCAAAAAGAAUCGCAACAUUCUCAAAUGUAAUCUUUCUAAAAGGCAUUUUGUUGAUGCUCAACUCACAUUUUCUCUUUAUUGUAUACUUCUAAGAUAUAGGAAUUUAGCUAGUCAAAUUAAAUCAGUCAUCUUUGAGAGAUUGAAUAGUGAUGCUGAUCAUUGAGGAGAAACAUGUUGUUGUCUGCUUGUAAAUAUCAGUAUGUUAUACUCUCUAAACAAAUGUAUUUUCUCUUCUUUAAAUGUGAUAGAGAAAUGUUACUCCUCUCUUCUAACAUGGAUUUGGCACUUUUAAGAUAUGCAGAGGCCCCCGAUCAGUGUGUCAUUUUGUGUAUUAUUGUAAACUUUACUGUAAUUGUUGUACUUUCGGAUUUUAAUCUUGCUUUAGGACUUCUCAUGUGUUUUUUUAAAAGAAAACAAUAAUGUUAUUCCUAUGAUGUUACAUCUUUUUGUUUACAUUCUUCAGAUUAGCCAAGUGAAAAUACUCAUUGUCCCAGUAGUAAAGGUAUUUUCAUAUGGAGUAUAAAUACAGUACAUGGGA